AUGCCAAUAACUAGCACGGCGAUGAGUUCUCCAUUUUGUUAUUAUUAUUCAUACAGUUCUAGUCUUCACCAAACCCUAGAAACCUCUUGCUCUCCUUCCUCUUCUACCGCUUUAUUACAUGCUCCUCCUCGCAAGAUUUUGAGCUUUUUGGGGAAUCCAAUUUCGGUAUUCAGAUUCGACAAUCAGGUGCGUGGGGCGUCCCUCCGUUACCAGGGGAUUCGAUUUCCCAACUGUAAUAGGCAGACAGUUGUGAAGGCUGUUGCAACACCUGAUUCAUCUGUGGCAUUGCCGCUCACUGCAGAAAAUGUGGAGUCUGUAUUGGAUGAAAUUCGACCUUAUCUGAUUGCAGACGGUGGCAAUGUUGCAUUACACGAAAUUGAUGGAAAUGUUGUAAAGUUGAAGCUACAAGGAGCAUGUGGUUCCUGCCCAAGUUCUGUAACCACGAUGAAAUUGGGGAUUGAGCGCCGUCUGAUGGAAAAGAUCCCUGAAGUUGUUGCUGUAGAGUCAAUACCAGAUGAAGAAACUGGCCUUGAGCUGAAUGAAGAAAACAUAGAGAAGGUGUUGGAAGAAAUAAGACCUUAUCUCAUCGGGGCAGCUGGUGGAACUUUAGAGCUCGUGGAAAUUGAGGAACCUAUAGUAAAAAUCCGAAUAACAGGCCCUGCAGCAGGCGUGAUGACCGUUCGAGUGGCUGUAACUCAGAAACUGCGAGAAAAAAUCCCAGCCAUUGCAGCAGUUCAACUUUUGCAGUAG